AUGUCAUCGUUUGUGGCGGACGCAAAACGUCUCUUCGGUACUGCCAAUUUAUACGAAUUGCUGCAAUUGAAAAAAUCGAAAUCGAAGCGAAACGAGUGCAGCCAAGCCGAAAUUAAGAAGUCGUUCUUGAAGCUCGCAGUGCGAUUUCACCCCGACAGAUGCAGCGAUGAAACGAAAAAAGUUGAAACAACCGCGAAAUUUCAGAUUUUGAAUCGCGCCUACAGUGUGCUAUCCGAUAAGCAGAAACGAGCAGUUUACGAUGAAACAGGUAUAAUAGAUGAUGAUGUUGAAAUCAGCUCGGACGAUGUGGACCUUGUGGCCUGGGGUCGGAUGAUGUUCAAAAAGGUGACGAAACAGGACAUCGAUCAAUUCAUUCAGGAAUACAGAGAUUCCGGAGAAGAAAGGAGCGCAGUGAAAGAAGCUUAUAUAAAUCACAAUGGAGAUAUGCGCAAGAUUCUGGACACUGUACUGGGUGUUACCUAUGAGGAUGAGGAGCGUUUACGCAGCAUGAUCAACGAGAUGAUCGAAGCCAGCGAACUCAAAGCAACACGCAAGUUCCUUGCAGAACCCGAAAAACGGAAAACCAGACGUAUCAGAGCGGCGAAGCGCGAAGCCGAGUCGAAGGAAGGCGAAGGUGCGCUCGUUGAGCUGAUACAGAAUCGACAGAAGCAAAAAUUGGCAUCGCUGGAUGCAUUCUGCGAUUCUCUUGCCGAAAAAUAUGCCAAAAAGCCGGGAAGAGCAAAAAAGUGA